AUGUGUGUGCAGGUCAGGAACGUUCUGGCCUCAUCCCAGCUCAUUCAGACUCAGCUAGCCACUGUUUGGAACCUGGCAGAUGUGGACAAGGACGGCCAGCUGACAGGGGAGGAGUUCAUCCUGGCUAUGCACCUGGUGGACAUGGCGAAGGCCGGACAGCCGCUGCCCCUCACGCUUCCCGGGGACCUGGUGCCCCCCUCCGUCAGAACGGGGAAGCAGGGGGAAUUGCUUCCUUUGAAUCGCACCAUCGUCCCUGAAGAAAUUCAAGUUGAACCACCCCAGAAGACAAAGAGUAAUGUUUCGUUCGAGGACAAGCUAAAGGAGAACUUCCAGCGGGGAAACGCUGAGCUGGAGAGGCGGCGGCAGGUCUUACAGGAGCAGGAGCGGCGCGAGCAAGAGAGGCGGGCCCAGAAGGCCCGGGAGGAGCAGGAGCGGCGUGAGCAGGAGGCGCGGGAGCAGGAGAGGAGGCGGCAACAGGAGCAGGAGCGGCGGCUGGAGAGGCAACGCGAGCUGGAAUGGCAGAAGGAGGAAGAGCGCUUAAAGGAGCUGGAACGCAAGGAGGCUGCUAAGCAGGAGCUGGAGCGUCAGAGGAAGAUGGAGUGGGAGCGGAGGAGGCGACAGGAGCUGCUGAAUCAGAGGAACCAAGAACAAGAGGACAUCAUCAAGCUUAAGGCCAAGAAGAGGAGCUUGGAGCUGGAGCUGGAGGCUGUGAGAGACAAGCACAAGCAGAUCUCUGACCGACUCAGGGACGUCCAGAGCAAGAGGAGCAUCCAGAAGGGAGAGCUGGAACUGAUCAGUCAGAAGCAGGACAGCUGCCUGCUGGAGGUCAACGCCCUGCAGCGGCAGAGGGGCGUGACUGAGAAGGACAUCGUCUGUCGGAAACUCAAGGAGCAGCUGGAUGUGCUGGAGAAGGAUACCGUGGCAAAACUGUCGGAGAUGGACCAGUACAACGUGGACAUCAAGGAGCUCCGGGAAAGCCAGACCAAGCAGCAGCAGGUCCUGGACAGACUGCGGCAGGUCAAGGCCGACAAGCUAUGUGACCUGCAGCGGAGGCGAGAACUGGAGUUGGAGAGGAGGAAGAGAGAGGAGGAGGAGGCGGUCAGGCAAGCCAAGCUGGAGAAAGAGCGGCAGUGGCGUGUGAAGUUGGAGCGGGAGGAGGAGGAGCGGCGGAGGAGGAUCCAGGAGGAGCGGGAGGAGGAGAAGAGGAUAGAGGAGGAGAGGCGGCGAGAGGAACAUAAAAGGGCGGAGGAGGAGAGGAGGCAGAAGGAAGAGGAGAGGAGGCGGCAAGAGGAGGAGCGGAGAAAGGUGGAGGCAGAGAGAAGGAAGCUAGAGCUGGAGAGGAAAAGACUGGAAGAAGAGAAAAAGAGAUUUGAGGAAGAGAGGAGGAGGCAGGAGGAAGAGAGAAGGAGGCAAGAGGAAGAGAACAGAAGGAAGAAGGAGGAGGAGCAGGAGCUGGAGAGGGAGGAGGAGGAGAGAAGACGUCAGCGGGCUCAGAUAGCUGCUGUCAGGGAUGCAGAGGAGCGGAGGAGACAGGAAGAGGAGCGGAGGAGACAGGAAGAGGAGCGGAGGAGACAGGAGGAGGAGCGGAGGAGGCUGGAAGAGGAGAAGAAGAGACAGGAAGAGGAGAGACGGCGAGAGGAGGACAGGAGGAGAAAGCAACAGGAGGAGGAGGCCGUGGCCAGACAGCGGGAGGAAGAGGCCCGGCAGCAAAAGCAGCAGCAGCAGCACAAUUUAGGCAAGACAGACAUUCAUGAGAAGCUGUCGGCCCUGAUCAGGGGCCUAGAGGAGCGAAAAGGGAAUUUGAGACCCGUCAAGUCAACACACAGGAAAUCGGCCUCCCUGACAACCUACAGAGCCCUGUACCCCUUCACAGCACGGAACGCGGACGAGCUCACCUUUGACACGGACAGCUUGAUUGAGGUGGACGAGAAGACGGAAGGCGAGCAGGGCUGGCUGUAUGGCAGCUACCAGGGCAAGAUGGGCUGGUUCCCUGAGAGCUACGUCGAGAAGCACAGCCAACCGGAAUCUGCGGCCAGCACCAAGCAGGCUCUGAUGCCCACAACUGCAUCUACCUCAGUCUCUGCAAGCAAGGCGGAGGCUAAUUCCAGUACCUUCCCAGCAGGACAGAGCACUCCUGGGGGGGCAGGGCAGAACUCUGCCUUCACUCCCACCCACCCUCCAGGCUCUGCCUCUAUGGAGUAUGGACAGGUGGCAAGUGGCCUCCAGGUGCAAGCGCUGUGCUCCUGGACGGCCAAGACGGACAACCACCUGAACUUCUCCAAGGAUGACAUCAUCACGGUGCUGGAGCAGCAGGAAAACUGGUGGCUGGGGGAGCUGAAUGGGAAGGCAGGUUUUGUGGCAGUUAAAAAUCAUUUGGCCAUUCUGUCUCUCAUCCAAUCAGAGUAUGUAGCCUUAUAUACCUAUGAAAGCCCAGAGUCAGGAGACCUCACUUUCAACGAAGGAGACACCGUCGUUGUGACGGAAAGAGAAGGGGACUGGUGGAAAGGGUACAUCGGAGACAGGAGUGGAGUCUUCCCCUCCAACUACGUAACGCCAAAGGAAUCUGAAACAUAUAGCACCACUGGAAAGUCAGGUGGAGUCGGCAAAAAGCCAGAGGUUGCCCAAGUGACGACUGCGUACACGGCCACCGGAGCGGAGCAGCUGAGCCUGGCCCCGGGACAGCUUAUCCUCAUCCAGGGCAAGAACCCAUCUGGGUGGUGGCAAGGGGUUCUGCAGGCUAGGGGUAAAAAACGCCAGAACGGAUGGUUCCCCGCCUCCCACGUCAAGCUCUUGGGCCCCACCAGUGGGAAGUCCACACCAGCUCCAGUUCCAAUUUGCCAGGUCAUCACCAUGUACGACUACAAGGCGGGCAACGAGGAUGAGAUGAGCUUCUCCAAAAGUCAACUGAUCAAUGUGCUGAACAAGGACGAUGCUGAUUGGUGGAAAGGGGAGCUGAAUGGCGUCGUCGGCUUGUUCCCCACCAAUUACGUCAAGAUGACCACGGAGUCCGAUCCCAGUCAACAAU